GUUCCUCGUAUAACUUUCGCCACGAGAAAAAAAAAACCUUGUUGAAGCUUGUAGGGUUUUGCAGGCAAAAUACUGAGAUUUUAUCGAUAAAAUAUCUGGGUGUUUUGGAUCUGGAUAAAGGAAACAAUGGAACACGGGUCUUUCAGUGAUAAUAGUGCUGCAACUUUUUCGUUGACUGAUGAGGAUCAUACACUAGCUAACUCCGUUAGGUUCACCUUGAAUCAAGACCCAAGGGUAACAUUUUCUGGGUACAGUAUUCCUCAUCCAUCACAAGCUCGAGUUAACAUUAGAGUUCAGACAACUGGUGAUCCAGCAAGUGAGGUGUUGAAAGAUGCAUGUCAAGAUCUGAUGCUGAUGUGCAGGCAUGUGAGGAGCACUUUUGACAAGGCUGUUGAAGAUUUUAAAGCAAGCAAUGCUGUCAAGGCCAUGAAAAUCGAUUCAAAGGAAGAAAGUAGUGAUUCAGAAGAGAGUGAAUGAAAUUAAUGUCUCUUAUCUUAAUACUAUCGUGUGCUCGAGAUGUCAUUAGCUCAAUCUGAAUUGCUUCUUUUUGUUAUUUGAAUCGAAGCUUUGCGCUCACAACCUUGCGCAGGAUUAACUAUCUUUAUUUCAUGGA